GUCGUUUGGCCGCUUGAUCAUAGGACAUGUACUGUACUCGAGGACAUCUUGUCGGUCACGAGAAGCAGAAGCCGGGUUCCCCAUUUGGCAUCCGAGCGCUGGUAGCUCACAAGCCCCAGUAGGCAUGAGCCUCAUGGUGCGCUGGCUGGGCUGUUUUCCCCGCACAACAAUCAUGUCAACGAUCUUCCAGAAAGCUUGCGCUUUUUUUUCUUCACUUCCCACCCCGCGAACCCGGAUCGAUGGUUGGAGGAUACUGAUAACUGGUGCGAACACUGGCCUCGGCUUCGAAGCUGCAAAGCACUUUGCCCGUCAGGGGGCGUCGGUGGUUCUUGGCUGUCGCUCCAGAGACAAGGGUCUCAAUGCAAAAGCUCAAAUCGAUGCUCUUCUCGGGCUCGCCCCCGGAAUUAUCCAGGUUUCCACAGUGGAUAUGGAGUCCUUCGAUUCCAUCCGGAACUUCGCAUCCAGUGUCGGACCUGUCGACGGAAUAGUCCUCAGCGCGGGUAUCGCGAGCGAAAUUUGGAAUGUAACGGGGGACGGAUGGGAGCGGACGUUACAGGUGAACGUACUUGGCACGGCGUUGUUGGGUAGGUUGCUUCUGCCUCGGGCUCUUGAACGGCGGAGGGAAGUUGCUGGUAGCGGAACGAUUCCAACAAUUACAAUUGUCUCGUCGCAUAUGUACCAAUUUGCCGAAUUUAAGAGAUAUAUGAAGAUUGAGGGGAAUAUCAUAGAGGCAUUGAACGAUGAGAAUCGUUUUGGGAUGGGGGAGAGCGAUUUGAUGACACCCAGACGGUAUUCCAUGACUAAACUCCUAGACAUUUACAUUGCCCGCGAAUUGGCAGCCCUCGUACCGGAAGCGAGCGACGGAGGCCCUAUGGUAAUAGUCAAUUGUGUUACUCCCGGUUUUUGCCAUUCCGACUUGAUGCGCGAAUACAAUCUCCCCCUUUUAGGUCUCUGGAAGGCUUUAUUUGCGCGGAAUACAGAGACGGGAGCACGUACAUAUUUUCAUUCGAUCGUUGAUGCUGGGCCAGACAGUCACGGCAAGUACAUCAAUAAUUGUAAGAUCGAGAGUUUACCCAAAAAGAUCUUCAAGACCAAAGAAGCGAAAGAUCUGCAGAGGAAGGUUUGGGAUGAUAUAAUGGAAAUAGUGGGGGAUGUUGGGCCUGAAAUAUCGCAGGAUAAUGCAGAUCCAGGGAGCAUCAAGAUUUAGGUUUGGUAUUUUCAUACUCUUAAUCUAGGAUGGCAUGGGACCUUCAUGUGCCCCACGUGUGUGCACGUUUGAUUUGAUCUUCUAAUUCCGUUCUUGUAAUAUCGUUCCCGUACAUUUAAUCCUCUUCACG